GAUAACUUAGUGUUGUUAGAAGCCUUUGUUAAAUUGUGAGCCCAUUUUAUUUUUCACUGAUCCUGAUGACAUUUUAUAUGAUGAACGAUAAUUUAUUAUGUUUUCAUAUAAUUUAAUACGCCGUUAAUUUCGAAUCAUCUAAUUAAAUCCGAAUUCUUGUAAAGAUUGUCUGCUCGAACAUUUAAAGGGUAUCGGUACUUUCAUGGGUAUUGUAAACAGAAUCAGAGAAAAUGAUGGCAAAAUGUAUAAACAAUGGUAAAAAUAUAAUCUUUAUAUGGGAAUUUUUCACAAUGUUUUUUAACUUUCUGUAAGAUCGUUCAUAAAGAUGACUACAUAUAAGAAAAUAAAAAGAAAAUAGUGAAUGACGUUUCUUAGGUUAUAAGAAUCAAAAUAACUUACAAAGAUAUGGAGAAUCAAAUUCAUUCCGAAUUUAUUCUGAAAGAAGAGGAGGAUGAUGAAGGAGAACAAGAAUCCAACGAUACUACAACUGAAACUACGAAUAUUGCAUGUGAUGAAGUAGAAUCAACAAUUGGUAUCAGACCAAGACCUUUAAUUUGUAAACCAGAAAAUGUAAAUAUAGAAUGUAAAACUGAACCUAUAGAAAAUAAGUGGCAUUGGGCCCCAGGAGCAUGGCAAGAUGCUACAAGAAUGAGUGCAUUUCAACCGUACAAGCCUCCUACUUUGCUCACAAAUUUACAAAGAGGUAACACACAAACUGAAAUACCUCAACUUUAUGGUGGUAGUGACAUUACCUUUCAUACAUUAGCUGGUCAAGGUGAAAUCACUCCUGAUCACAUCCAUCCAAGUACUGUAGAUACACCCGACGAAAAAGGUUUAACAGGUCUUAUGUGGGCUGCGGGAUAUGGCCAAUUAGGUAGUGCAAGACAAUUACUUAAAGCUGGAGCUAAUAAAAAUUACCGAGGUCUCAAUGGGGAAACACCUUUACAUUUAGCAGCAGCAUAUGGACAUCACGAUGUUGUAAAACUAUUGCUGAACCAUGGUGCAGAUGCAAAUGCAAGUAAUACACCAUUGAUAUAUGGGGCACAUGGUGAUCAUCCUCAUGUUUGCUAUGAAUUGUUAUCAAGGGGAGCUGAUAUUACGCGUCGUAACAUACAUAACAUAAGUGCUUAUCAUGCAGCAGUAUUAAAUAAUGCAUUAACUGCUAAAGCAGUUAUUGAAAAUCAUUUAUUACAGCAAGUGAUAAAUGUAUCACCUGAUAUAUUACAGUAAACCAUAAUUACAAGUUUCCGUAGCCUUUAAAAAUUGUAAAUAUAGACCUAAUAUUUAUAUCUGAACAUUUCAAUAAACGUGUUUUAUUUUCA